AAAGAAAAAUCAUUUUAAUGUUUACGUGGAAAUUGGGUCGCAAAAUAUUGAUCAAACAUUCAAAAGAAAUUCUCUCACGGCUUUUCUUGUGCAAAAAUUCCCAUAUAGAGUGCAAGAGAAGGCAUUAAAAUGAAGUUUACCUGGAAGCCGUGUCGAAAAAAGAAACCUGAACCGAAUCCAGGUGCUAUUCUGGAUCAAGUUAUCUCCCAAUCAUCCUCCAGUGCGUGUCUUCUGUACAAACUCGCAGACUACAAAAGGGGUGGGGAGUUAAUUGAUGCCAUCCAGACGGGUGGUCAGGUGGCUGUGGAGUCGUUGAUUCGAGAACAAUUUGGGGUUUUCAUGUAUAACGGCGGCAAGGGGCAGAUUAUUAAUCGUGCUGAGUACCUUCGGUGGAAGUACAUUGAUAAUCACGAAGUGAAAAUUCCCAUUGAGGCCUCCCUCUCACCCCAUGAUCCGCUGGGUAAGUGGCAUGAUCAUAAAGCUUGCUGGCAGAUGCAGUAUCGUGGCUCUCUUGGCGAGAGUCUUCUGCACGUCCUCAUUAUUUGCGAUACGAAGGUUCACACAAAGCUAGGGCGCAUCCUUUUGCGCGUUUUCCCCAUGUUGGCUGUGGACGUGAUUGAGGGUGAGGAAUAUCUCGGUGCAAGUGCUCUCCACCUCGCUAUUGCCUACAGCAACAAUGAGCUUGUUCAGGUUAGCAGAUCUUUGGUAGAACAACAGGAGAAUAUUAUAGCUGCUAUAAUUGAGAUCAGUUUGAUGUGUUAUGUUGUAAUUCCUCCACAGGAUCUCAUAGAUGCAGGAGCGGAUGUGAAUCAACGAGCAAUUGGAAGCUUCUUCCUUCCACGCGAUCAACAAGGUUACAGUCCAGCCAAGAAUACAGACUACGAGGGUCUUGCCUAUCUUGGUGAAUAUCCUCUUGCUUGGGCUGCCUGUUGCGCCAAUGAGAGUGUCUAUAAUCUCUUGCUGGAUGUUGGGGCUGAUCCCGAUGCUCAGGAUUCCUUUGGCAACAUGAUCCUUCACAUGGUGGUCGUAUGUGACAAGCUAGACAUGUUUGGCUACGCUCUGCGUCAUCCAAAACUUCCAGCACGCAAUGGGAUCAUCAACAUGUCUGGAUUAACGCCACUCACACUGGCUUGCACACUAGGGCGAGCUGAAGUGUUCCGUGAGAUGUUGGAGCUGUCAGCACGUGAAUUUUGGCGCUACAGCAACAUCACGUGCUCCGGAUACCCCCUAAAUGCACUGGAUACCCUUCUCCCGGAUGGUCGAACAAAUUGGAAUUCAGCCCUCUUUAUCAUUCUCAAUGGGACAAAAGAAGAGCAUCUGGACAUGCUGGAUGGUGGCAUUAUUCAGCGCUUGCUGGAGGAGAAAUGGAAAACAUUCGCACGCGGGCAGUUUCUCAAGCGUCUCCUCAUUCUCUUUGCUCAUCUCUUCUGUCUCUCCAUCAGCAUCUACCUUCGUCCGGAGGGAGAGAAGAGUGACGAAGGAGAUGUGGAGCCAACUGAGCCACCCGAUGAUGAUGCUGAUGACUACGACGUCACCACUAUUAUACGCUACUGUGCUGAGAUUGCCACGAUCAUGGGCGUCCUGAGUUACGUCAUAUUCCAGCAAGGGGAUGAGGUGAAAAAUCAAGGACUCGUGGCUUUCCUGCGUCAAUUACCCAAUUCCCCGGCAAAAUUCAUCUUUCUCAUCUCAAACUUCUUGAUCUUGGCGUGCAUUCCAUGCCGAAUUGCCGGUGAUACAGACACAGAGGAAGCAAUUUUGGUAUUUGCAGUACCGGGUAGUUGGUUCCUUCUCAUGUUCUUUGCAGGCGCCGUGAGAUUAACAGGACCCUUCGUAACGAUGAUCUACUCCAUGAUAACGGGCGACAUGUUCACUUUCGGCAUUAUCUACACGAUUGUUCUUCUUGGCUUCUCCGAGGCAUUCUUCUUCCUCUACAAAGGACACCCACAGGUGUCACAAACACUCUUCGCCUCCUACCCCAGCACGUGGAUGGCACUCUUUCAAACCACCCUUGGGGACUACAAUUACGCCGAUCUCAACAACACAACAUACCCCAAUCUGGCAAAGACUGUCUUUGUCAUUUUCAUGAUUUUCGUGCCUAUUCUGCUGCUUAACAUGUUGAUUGCCAUGAUGGGUAACACGUACGCUCAUGUUAUUGAGCAAUCGGAGAAGGAAUGGAUGAAGCAAUGGGCCAAGAUCGUCGUCACACUGGAACGUGCUGUCUCGCAGGCUGAUGCGAAAAAGUACCUUGAGGACUACUCAAUCUCCCUUGGUCCCAGCAAUGAUGAUUCUGGCUUUGAGCAACGUGGUGUGAUGGUGAUCAAGAGUAAGAGCAAGACGCGUGCAAAGCAGCGCAAAGGAGCUGUGUCGAAUUGGAAGCGCGUUGGCAAGGUGACGCUCAAUGCCCUGAAGAAGCGUGGCUUAACGGGUGAGGAGUUGCGACGUAUAAUGUGGGGCAGGGCAAGUAUUAGCAGCCCCAAGAAGGUGACAAAGAAGAAACGUGACCCGAAUGAUCCAUCCGCCAUUUCUGCUGCUAUCGACGUGAUGGCCUUUACGCAUGACAUUGUCCUCUGUGGUGAUGAAGAGAUCGAUGCAAUGAUGCAACAGCCUCCUGCAGCUCCUGGCAAGGGUGGUGUCGUCAAGGGUAGCCUCCACCCAAGUCAACUCCUCCAAACUCCCGCUGACUACAAGGAUCCCCUCCGUGAGUUGGUCAUCAUUUCCGAAGCAAUCUGCGUCACGGACAAGAAUUACCUGGCAAAUGUGCAAACUCUCGCAAAGCAGGCCACAGUGCUGGAGAAUGUCCUCGAGGUCCCAUUGAAAUCCAAAGAAGUCCAAAAGGCACCUCCUAAGCCUCCCACGCCUGCACCAAAGGUUGCUGCAGGGCUUCAGAGUGCCGCAACGACACUCUUCCAGAAUCCACAGGAUAUCAUUGAUCCGGAAAAGGAGAAAGCCUUCCUGAAGCAGCUGGAAGCUCUCGAAGACACGGAUUCCGAAGCCUUUGGUGAUCGACCUGUUCUCGGUAAAAUCUCCCUUAUUCGUCGCGCUAAAUCCGCUGUGAGUCGCUCAGCUUCGGCAAAGAGACGACAUGAUGAGCAUCCACUGUUUCACAUUGCAUGGGAUGAAACUCCGGCUACUGUUCCCAAUGAAAGUACCCCACCAGGUGGAUCACCUCCCCUGCAAGAUGAUGGGAUUGAGAAUACAGCGUACGAUCAGGAAGAGGAUGAAGUGGUCACAGUGGAGGAUGUUAAGAGGCAAAUGGAGGCUUUCCAUUUACGCCCCAGGAAGCAAUCGGUUGACUCUCAAUCGACCACUGUUGAUAAGGGUCAGCGAGGUGAGGGUAAGGGUGCCACCGAGAGUGGAGCCUCAAUAGGAGCAGCGUCAACAUCAAAGAAUGGAAAGUACGCCAAGGGGAGGAAAAUUGCAGGAAGGAGCUCCAAAAAUAAAGUCUCCCCAUCUGACGGUAUUCCGGACAAGGCGUCUGAGGAAGCAAAAAAGAAACGCGGAAAGUCCGCUCCGCAUGGAAAGGGUGAAAAGGGAGAGAAAGAGGGUGCUACCGACACACCGCCUGAUCCCCUUGAGCCAUGGAGUACCCGCGAAUUGGCAACCAUUAACAAACUCCUGGAUACGGAAGAGGACAAAUAGACACAUAAAAAAUACUAUUUUACUCGUCUAGUCGAGUCGCUUUUAGCUGCAAACAAACUCAUUAAGCACGUUUUAACGUCUGUUGAGGAAAAAAAAACUGAAAAAUCAUUCUCGAGGAUUUAGUGCGGCUUUUUGUGCAUUUUAAUGUCGGUGUUGACUCGUGGAGUUUAUUAUCAUCCUUUAUGCCUAUUUCUACUUUAAUGUAGUUGAUAGUUUGUUAUAAAUUUAAUUUUUUUCUUCGCCCUAAAACAUUUAAUGUGAUGAAAUUAAAGCUCAGAAAAAAGGGAUUUCAGUAUCACAAAUAAAAAUAAUUCAUAAAAAGUUCGUCAAACUUCUUGAAAGGUUCACUUCCCGGUUUGUAAAAGUAGGUUUUAAUUCCUUUUGGAGGUAAAAGCUUGUAAAAUUCACCUCCAAAGUUUGUAAUUCUCAUUUUACUUCCAAGUUUGUCGAAGGUUUGUAAUUCGUUCUAAGAAGUUUCGAGCAGUUUUUUCUCUUUUUAACCUUUAGAAAUCAUAUGACCCCAUCCCGCUUGUACUAAACAAAUUGAAAAAUUCGGUUUGUUAGACUUUGAUUGCGGAUCUCAUCUCACGAUUAUCAAGUCCUGGACAAACAGAGGAUGAUGGUACAAAAAAAAAUUCGCCGGAAUUGUGGUCACUGCUUAUUGGUAAUGAGCUAGUAACCUCCGGAAUAGGAAUCUCAUCCCAGGAUUGUCACAUCGCAUAGGUAAAAUGAAGUAGAAUUAAUUAAAAAAUAUAUGUAUGAAUUAGAAGAGAUAGUAGGUAUGCUUUGUUGGCAAAAUAAAGAUGAUUAAGAAAAAUCAA